AUGAUUAUCCUCGUCUAUCGCCCUCCAUCUUCUUCUCAUAGUGAUGAUUCCAAACUCAUUGAUUCGUUGCAAAUUCUUUGUAGCCUUCAUCGUGAUAUUGUUCUUGCUGGCGAUUUUAACUUGCUUAUUGAUUGGUCGGCUAGAACGCCACUAUGCUCUGCAUCUGCCAGGUUUAUCAAGUUGUUCGAUGAUCUUUCUCUCACUCAGCAUGUACUGUGUCCCACGAGGAAUGAUAAUAUCCUUGAUUUGGUACUGUCAACUUCGCCUCUCGUACAUAAUGUGACUAUACGACCACCGCUUGGGUUAUCUGACCAUGCAAGCAUUUACUUUGACCUUAUGUUGCCGAUUGAUUUCCCCUGUAUGGAUUGUUGCCCUGACUAUGCGAGCGGUGAUUAUGUGGCCAUUUCUGCCUGCUUGGACACUAUUGAUUGGUGGUCCCUGCUCGACAAUUCUUGCUCUAUUGAUGACAUGUAUCAACGCUUUCUUGACCUUUUACACGACUUACUGUCGCGUUUCAUCCCAUUGAAACGAGCAAGGUACGAGACUGACCACUACCCCACUCACAUCAAGAACUUGAUAGAACAAAGGGAUCGUUUGUUUUGCACAAUCCAUGACCCGUUGACAUCUGAUAGAUAUAAAAACGUGGUAAAAAAGUUGAACAGACACCUAGCCAAAUUCAGUGCGAAUAGGCAGAAAAGACUAUCUAACAUGAACACUUCCUCUCUCUUCAAGUAUGCCCACCUGAUUUUCAAAGAAAAGCAUGGCCCUCAAGGAUUGCAUGAUCACCAAGGAAAUCUAUGCAAGACUGAUCAAGAGAAUGCCGAAUGUCUUGCUCAUUAUUUUGCAUCGGUUUUCCAUAAACCGACAAACUCUAGACCUAGCCUUCCUAAUGAUCUAACCAAUCAGAUACAAAGUUCCUUAUACCUUUCACAAGUUCCUCAAGUCCUGCCUUUUGAUGUUAUGAACAUUCUGAAAAGAUUGAAACCAUCGACCUUCAUUACUGCUGAUGGAAUUCCCCAGAUGGUUUACAAAAGAUGUGCCACUCAGUUAGCAGUUCCUGUUUCAAUACUUGUCAACAUGUCUUUGAGCAGUGGUGAAUUACCCAGAGUAUGGAAGCACGGAAGGGUGGUACCAAUUCCUAAAGUUCAGAACCCACAAAAGGCCUCGGAGUUUCGGCCCAUAAGCAUUAACUCUGUGGUCUGCAAAGUUGCUGAGAAGAUUGUAAGAAGGAAACUGCUGUCAUUUUGCGUGCAAAAGCAUCUCAUACCGUCUGAACAGUUUGGGUUUAUGGAGGGAUCUUCCACUACUCUCCAACUGAUUACUUUGAAUUCUGGGUUUGGAGACCGUGCAACGGCCGAACAGAGUGUUGACUUGCUCAGUUUAACGCUGGCUAUUUCUUCACUGUAUUUUCCAAUGCCCCAUGGACUUCACUUGGGAAAGGCCUUCCAUGGUUGCCUGUACAAUUCAGUCGAUACAACUCUGCUGAACUUCGGUCCACGUUCCCUUUGCCUAAAUUGACUAUCCUUGUUGUUUUGUUUUCAUUUUCUCGUUGUAUGGGUUACAGCAUAGCAUACAUUAGUAUGACCAUCUCGUUCCAUCAAUCAUUUUUUUUCAUUGCUGUUUUGCUGACAUGCUCUUGACCUGAGAGGCUCUCUUCCGAUAUACGCAGCUUAGUGUUUGUCUUCUAAAUCUGACAUCGUCUUUGUCGUGUAAUUUUAUAUGUCUGUCUCUUAUCCUUGAUCAUCUUGUAUCCAAGUCCGAUGUUAGCGUUGUUGGGGUAAGCCGAACGAGGUCUCCUGCCCGCCGGGUACGCAUGAUUUCGCUCAUUCGCCUAGGUGCUUAUCCCUCUUUCUUCGCUCGAAAGUGACCGUAUAUUUAUAUACCGUCACGCAUCGUACUUGGACUUGUACUUAUACCAAGUUUAGUCCCCACGACACUGACUUUCUGACUUUGAAGACAACACUGACGAGC